ACUCGUCAAAGAAAUCCGCGCGUGAACGAACCACUGCGCGCACACUCUCUGCAUGCCGUGGGCUUUGGGCAGGGUCGCCAACACUUGAUCGUGAUUCAUUCAGGGAGGAGGACGAUACGUUUGAGUGCAUCUGCUGCGUUUCUUCCUCUCCACAUGCUCCACUGUGCACACGGAGCAAGGAGAAGAACAGUUUUCAUCUCGGCGCACAAUCACACCGCAAAACUUCCCCGGCUGUAUGGACACAUAACCAACUGCACGUCUGCCUUCGUGGGUUUUCACCAGCACAUUUGCUCACUUUCAUCUCCAGCCUCAACAUAUCUGAAGUGGCUGCCUCACCGGGUCGGACCGGAGACCACCUGGUCUCUGAUCUGGUCUCCGGAGUCGGUGGAGACUCGACGCGCUCCAUCGGGGCCAGGCUUUGCGCCUCCCGGAUCAGACCGGAGCCACCGCGCGCCCUCGAGAUGGACGUGGUGGAAAGGGAGGUGAUGAACAAGAUGGAGAACAUGUCAUCCGUGUACGACUUCGACCCCAUCACCGGCAACAUCCCCGCCACCAAGGUGGAAGUCACGGUCUCCUGCAGAAAUCUUCUGGAUAAAGACACAUUUUCCAAGUCAGAUCCAUUGUGUGUCCUCUAUACCCAAGGUGUGGAAACCAAACAGUGGAGAGAGUUUGGCAGAACCGAAGUGAUCGACAAUACCCUCAACCCCGAUUUUGUUCGGAAGUACAUCUUGGACUACUUUUUUGAAGAAAAGCAGAACCUUCGCUUUGACUUGUAUGAUGUUGACUCCAAAAGUCCAGACUUGUCCAAACAUCCUGCAGAACUCAACGACUUUUUGGGUCAGAUGUUCUGUACUCUCGGGGAGAUAGUUGGAUCGCCAGCCAGUCGACUGGAAAAAUCUCUUGGCGGGAUCCCGGGGAAGAAAUGCGGCACCAUCAUCCUGUCUGCAGAGGAGCUGAGCAACUGCAGAGAUAGCGCCACUAUGCAGUUCUGUGCCAACAAGUUAGACAAGAAGGACUUCUUUGGGAAAUCAGAUCCGUUUAUGGUUUUCUACAGAAGCAAUGAAGAUGGAACCUUUACGAUCUGCCAUAAAACAGAGGUGGUGAAGAACACGUUAAACCCGGUGUGGCAGCCAUUUACUAUUCCUGUCCGAGCACUCUGCAAUGGCGACUAUGACAGAACAAUCAAAGUGGAGGUGUAUGAUUGGGACAGAGACGGCGGCCAUGACUUCAUCGGGGACUUCACCACCAGCUACCGAGAGUUAGCCCGAGGGCAGAGUCAGUUCAAUGUGUACGAGGUUAUAAAUACCAAGAAGAAAAUGAAGAAAAAGAAAUAUGUCAACUCUGGAACUGUCACCCUGCUCUCAUUCUCUGUGGAGUCAGAGUUCACGUUCUUAGAUUACAUCAAAGGAGGGACGCAGAUCAAUUUCACUGUGGCUAUCGAUUUCACAGCAUCUAACGGUAACCCCUCUCAGUCCACCUCACUCCACUACAUGAACCCCUACCAGCUGAACGCCUAUGCCAUGGCACUGAAGGCUGUUGGGGAGAUCAUUCAGGAUUAUGACAGUGAUAAGAUGUUUCCCGCUCUCGGCUUCGGAGCCAAACUUCCCCCCGAUGGACGAGUGUCACACGAGUUUCCUCUGAAUGGAAACAUGGAGAAUCCUUACUGCAAUGGUAUAGAAGGCAUCUUGGAAGCCUACCACCAGAGUCUGAAGACGGUACAACUGUAUGGGCCGACCAACUUUGCGCCAGUGGUGAACCAUGUUGCCAGGUACGCGGCGUCAGUGCAAGACGGCUCCCAGUACUUUGUGCUCCUCAUCAUCACAGACGGAGUCAUAUCUGACAUGGCCCAGACCAAAGAGGCCAUUGUUAAUGGUGCAAAGCUUCCAAUGUCCAUCAUCAUCGUCGGCGUGGGGCAGGCUGAAUUUGACGCUAUGGUGGAGUUGGAUGGUGAUGACAUUCGGGUCUCUUCCCGGGGGAAACUUGCAGAGAGAGACAUUGUCCAGUUUGUUCCCUUCCGAGAUUAUAUGGACCGGACAGGUAACCACGUGUUAAGCAUGGCCCGGCUGGCGAAAGAUGUGCUAGCAGAGAUCCCCGACCAGUUCAUUUCCUACAUGAAGAGCCGAGGGGUUAAACCGAACCCGGCGCCGCCGCCCUACACGCCGCACGGACUUACGCACCACCACACACACAUCUGACCAGAUGACAUUUUCAUUGGUGAAGCAGCUUUUUCUCGAAGAGAGGAUGCAAACGUUGCAGGACUCGUUGGCAAAAAGCCCUUUUUUAAACUCAGAACUGCGGCAUAGACUGUUUCGCGUCUAAAUGGACAGCGGGUGGAUUGAACAACAGCAACAAAAAAA